GAGGAGUUGGCCAUGCUGAUCUACUUGUCAACUCGGAAAGACGCGAGGGAUUGCUUAGACCAGUCUCCCAUCGCCGAGUACACCAGGUUGUUGAACCGUUGUGCAUUGACACGUCGUGAAUGGUUGGACGCCAUUGAACGAGCCCUUCGACAUCGUUGUGCAACAACGCAUGAAGAUGAAAGGAAGGUCCCAACAGCCAACCGACAGACCGUUGGACGUCCCUUUCGAAAGCCAGUUGAUGAGAAGAAGAAGGUGCUUGUGAAGAAGACGUUCAGGAAAAGUGAUGUCGCUGACCAUGAAGACGCUGGAGAUGAAGAGGACUUGGAGGCAGAAGGAGCCACUCAGGACGUUUUCUUUGAGGAGGAUGAGAACGAUGCACAUGAGGAAGAUGAAACAGAGAUGACUGCCAUUCCGGAAGAAGAACUGGAAGAAGAAGGAGAUGAUCCCGAAGAUGAGGAGGCGGAGAUUCUUGAAGCAUACAGUGCAGGAUGGAAGGCAAAGGCGCAGGUGAGUUGGAAGAAGAGCGACCCUGAGUGCCCACAGGUGAAGGCUGGCAAGGACAAGCCUCAGAGAUCCAGUUCUGCAGCGACCACCGGAUCAGGUGGCAACACGAUUCACUUCACCUAUGUGGUCUCGACGACCAAGACGAGGACGAAAGAAGAGCCGAUGUCAAAGGCCGCCUCUCCAGCCGUGCAUCUCUCAUGUCCCCAAUGCCGAUGGCCUACACACGCUGCUUCCAAGUUUUGCUCUCAGUGUGGUGCACGAUUGCCACACGAUGAGAGGAUGGCUGAAAAUAAGAGGGGAUGGACAGUGGUCCGCGAUGAUGAAGAGGAGCAGGUGGCCAGUUCAGAAAGCAGCAGGGGGCAAAAGGAAGACAAGCCAAGGACCUACAAGUAUCACAUGAGAAAAGAGCUGCUGAGAGAGGCUGCUGGGUUGGAAGAGAGGGGCAGGAGAGAGAGAGAGAGGGAAAAGAUCAGGGCCAGUCCAGAGGAGGUGCUUGCAGGUCUUCCCCAUAUGACCAAAGAAGAGAAGAAGCGCAUUCAGAAGGCUCUUGAGAGAGAAGAGAAGCAAGCAGCGUAUGAUGGUCUGGACAAGGGCAGGCUUCUUUUGCCGUACUAUGAGAGCUCCGAAGAUGAAGAACGUGAUCACACAGCCACAGGUGGUCUUCCAAUGGGGAUGGGCACUAUGCAGCAUGCCGGGAUUGCCUUCAUCAAUCCGGUUGGCAUCCAUGGAGUGAAUGUAAUCAGGAUGUCGUCCGUGCAAGGAGGAGCCAUCAACUGUCCAGGACUCAUUGGACCUUCAGAGAUGGCCCGUUGGCAAGUGGUGAUGGACUUUGCACAGAAGAAGAUUUGCAUGAAAGGCCAAUGGCAAACCAUGUUGCUGACAGGCACAAGACAUCCGGCAGCCUGUUUGCUGGAUUUUUGCCAGACCCGUGAAUUCUGGGAGGAUGCAGACAUUCAACAAACCUUGCAGCUCCUUCGUCGCUCUCCUCAUUCCUGGGCAUUCACUGUCAAGGACAUGGAGCAAGAAGAGACAAGUGAAGAAGAGGAAGAAGAAUCAGAUCAAGAAGAUGACUCAAGCGAAGAAGAAAGUAUGAGCGAGGAGGAUUGGAAUGCCAGGUACCGCAAGGUAUUGCAAAAGUUGGAUGCAGAUAUGAAAGUGCUUCCGGUUCAGGAGGUUGAAAGGGCUCAACGUGAUGAAGAAGAAUGGGAAUUGGGGUCGGAGAAGGAAGAUGCUGUCUCUAUACCUUCCCAUGAGUUCGGUCUCGAGGAGGAGGAAAACAGCGAAGAAAGUGAUGAAGAAGUCCAAAACAGUUGGUUUUGCAAAGGCGUUCGUAAAUGGUUCAGCAAGAAGGAGAAGGGUGAAGUGCGACAAGGAGCGAAAGAGUUGAAGGAAGUGCACUUUGAAAGGAAAGUGGCACAGAGGCGGCAAGCAGAGGUGAAGGAAGGAAAAGCACAAAAGUUCGAGCGGAAGAAGAACCGCUCGGGGCCUCGGAAG